AUGUCGUCAAAGCAGUUUCCCGAAGUGCAAGGAGGAGGUUCUCUCAUUGUUGCCUGGCAGGUCAGGAACAAGCAUGUCUUGGUCGUCGGAGGCGGAGAGGUAGCUGCAGGCCGUAUACUGCAUGCCCUCAAUGCCGAUGCCGCAGUGACUGUCGUUUGCCCAAAGUCUGGUCUGAAUGAAGAAGUCGCCUACCGCGUUGCGCAGAACCAGGUGUCCUAUAUCGAUCGCACCUUUGAACCUCAAGAUCUUGAUACUGCCGACAUGGUCCUUUGUGCAAUCGACGAUCCAGAAGCCUCGACACAGGUUUGGAAGCUGUGUAAAGAGCGCCGCAUACCGUCAAACAUUGCAGAUGUUCCUUCCGAAUGUGACUUCUAUUUUGGCAGCAUGCAUCGCGAUGGACCACUGCAGGUCAUGGUCAGCACCAACGGAAACGGACCAAAGCUGGCCAAUAUAGUCAGACAGAAGAUUGCAAAUGCCUUGCCCGAGAAUACUGGAGCUGCUAUUGAGAAUGUGGGAUUGUUGCGUAAAAAGCUGCGGGAAAUCGCACCAGAUGCCCGCGAAGGCCCAAAGCGAAUGAAAUGGAUGUCGAAUGUCUGCGUCUCGUGGACACUAGAAGAUCUUGUAGCAAUGACCGAUAAGGAUAUGGAUGCCCUCCUGAAACAUUACCAGUCCGGAAACGUUCCCAAUCUUCAAGAGAUUCGCGAAACAUCAUCCUGA